AAGAAUGAAUCUUGGCCAACCGCGCUCCCUGAAGUUCAAUUUGCCACACUGAACGACUCGUUUCAAGUUUCAAGAGCUCAAACAACGUGACAAUUUCUCCCAAAAGUGGCGAGUGAUGUGACAACUGAAAACAUGAAGACGUACUCGUACCUCGCAUUGGCCGUGUUUUUCGUCAUAAUCGACCGUGUCACCCCCGUCAUCUUCCCAGUGCCCAAUAACGAAGAUGCGGAUUUUUGGUAUGAACAUGGGAAAGUGGAGUUGGCCAAGGCCGAAGCUUGGGCCUACAGUUUGGGCCAGAGAGAGUUUCGAAGGCCGAAAAACAUCAUCAUUUUCGUGGGGGAUGGAAUGAGUUUGAGCACGGUCACGGCCGCCCGCAUCUUGAAAGGCCAGACGCAGUACGGCUUCAGUGGCGAGGAAACCCAACUCCUGUGGGAGCGAUUCCCAUCGCUGAGUCUGAUUAAGACUUACAAUGUGGAUCGACAAGUGCCCGAUAGCGCAGCGACCGCUAGUGCCAUGUUCACGGGGGUGAAAACCAAUUUCAAGACUCUCGGGUUCGACAAUUCGAUCAAGUCCGGAGAUCCCCAAUCCCAAGUGGAGGCCAGGAAGGUGGACAGCAUUUUGACGUGGGCUCAACAAGCGGGCAUGAAAACUGGAUUGGUGACCAACAGUCGGCUGACCCAUGGGACGCCAGCGGCAUUGUAUGCCCACACUGCCCAUCGCUACUGGGAGUGUGAUGCAAAGAUUCCAGAGCAUCAUUUAGAAGGCGUUCUUGACAUUGGAAGCCAAUUGGUUGGCUCCAGCCCAGGAUUGAAGACAAAUGUUAUGUUUGGUGGUGGGGAUAGAGCUUUGAGAAACCCGGACCACAGUCCACCCGAAAAAUGGAGCUGUGUUCGCCAAGAUGGCCGGGAUCUCAUUCAGGAAUGGAUGUCCCAUCUUGAGAAGGAAAAGGCCUCUCAUCGAUUUGUCAGUGAUCGCGAAUCGUUGCUUGGUAUCCAAAAACAAGACAACUUGGACCACGUCUUGGGGGUUUUCGCUCCUAAACACAUGGAUUACGAAGACAAACGCGACAAUUCGAGUUCAGGCCAGCCAUCACUGAAGGAGAUGACUCUCAAAGCCAUCGAAGUACUCGAAAACAAUGACAAGGGAUAUUUCUUAAUGGUUGAGAAUGGCCAAAUCGAUCGAGCUCACCACGAAGGACAGGCUAAUCGAGCAAUGGCUGAGGUGCUUGUUUUGGAACAAGUCAUUGAAGCUACAUUGGAACAAGUUGAUCUAGAAGAGACCCUGGUCAUUGUGACGGCGGAUCAUGGACACACACUCAGUAUUUCUGGAUAUCCCCCACGUGGAAAUCAAAUUGGAGGACUUAUUCCGAACGAUCCUCUUCGAAUGAAGGACACAUACCCUUACACGGCUUUGAAUUACGCCAACGGUCCUGGAUACGUCAACGCCUUCAACAAAAACGGAGAACGGGUAGAUUUAUCCGAAACUGACACCAAUGACAUGGACUUCUUACAUCCCUCAUUAAUACCAAUGGGAAGUGGAGUUCACAGUGGCCAUGAUGUCGGUCUUUGGGCAACGGGUCCCAUGAGCUACUUUUUUCAUACAACCCAUGAGCAGUCUUAUAUUGGUCAUGUCAUGGCCUACGCCAUCUGCUCUGGGCCUUACAACCAGACUUGUCGCAGACACCUGGAUCGCUUGAAAGCUAUUGAGAUGAGGUCCAUUGAUGUUAAUGAAUCUUCUCGUCUCCAACUGCCUUCAACGUUCACGGUCUUUACCGUGGUCGUUUUACUUUUUCAAGACCGAAUUCAUACAUUUCGGUAGUCGAGGUUGCAUCAUUGAAAAUAAAGUGCCUUGCGGUUGUUGUA